GAUGCCAUCUUUAUAAAGAGCGGCCAUCGCUGCCCGUUGAUGACCCCACGAAGCCACUGCGUACUCCCACAAUGGCGACGCUGAGCGAUCAGUGGGCGAGCCUGGGCUCCCUCGUGGCCAGCAUCAUGUUCCUGUGGGCCGUCGUCGGCCGCUACGUCCCCCUCCACCACCUCGAGCACUCCCUCACCAAACACUCCCGCCGCCUCUUCGCCUUCGUCUACCCCUACGUCAAGGUCACCAUCCCCGAGUUCUCCGGCGAACGCAUGAAGCGCAGCGACGCCUACACCUACGUCGAGGCCUACCUCAGCAACUCUUGCUCGCAGAACGCCAGCAGGCUCAAGGCCGAGCUCGGCAAGGACAGCGGCAGCCUCACGCUCAGCAUGGACGAGCACGAGGAGGUCACCGACGAAUUCGAGGGCGCCAAGCUCUGGUGGGCCUCCGUGUCUCGCUCUCCUCCCCCGCAGUCCAUCUCCUGGUACCCGCCGCCCGAUUCCCGGCGGUACUAUAGGCUGACCUUCCAUCGCCGCCACCGCGAUCUCGUAGUCGGGCAGUACCUUGCCCACGUGCUGCGCGAGGGGCGCGAGGUGGAGCUCCGGAGACGGCAGCGCAAGCUGUACACCAACAACGCCGGCAACAAUUGGUAUGGGUCCAAGAGUACGGUGUGGAGCCACGUCGUGUUCGAGCACCCGUCCACCUUCGACACGCUCGCCAUGGAUCCCGGGAAGAAGCGGGAGCUGAUGGACGACCUGAUCGCCUUCCGCAACAGCAAGGACUACUACGCCAAGAUCGGCAAGGCGUGGAAGAGGGGCUACCUUCUCUACGGCCCGCCCGGAACCGGAAAGUCCACCAUGAUCGCCGCCAUCGCCAACUUCCUGGACUACGACGUCUACGACCUGGAGCUGACCUCCGUCAAGAACAACACCGAGCUGAGGAAGCUGUUCAUCGGGACGACCAGCAAGUCCAUCAUCGUCAUCGAGGACAUCGACUGCUCGCUCGACCUCACCGGCAAGCGGAAGCGCACCAAGAGCAAGAAAGAGGACGAGGGAGGCGAAGACAAGACGAAGCUGCCGGGGGAGGAGGAGGACAAGGAGGAGAGCAAGGUGACGCUCUCCGGGCUGCUCAACUUCAUCGACGGCCUGUGGUCGGCCUGCGGCGGGGAGCGGCUCAUAAUCUUCACCACCAACCACGUGGAGAAGCUGGACCCGGCGCUGAUACGGAGGGGGAGGAUGGACAAGCACAUCGAGAUGUCCUACUGCCACUUCGAGGCGUUCAUGGUGCUGGCCAACAACUACCUGGGCAUCGACUCGCACCCGCUGUUCGACACCAUCAAGGAGCUGAUGGAGGAGGUGAAGAUGACGCCGGCCGACGUGGCGGAGAACCUGAUGCCCAAGUCCGUGAAGGACGAUGCCGGUUCGUGCCUCGAGGGCUUGAUUCAGGCGCUGGAAAUGGCCCGGGGAGCGGCGGCCAAGGUAGACGACGGCAGUGGCGCGGACGAGACGGUGGAAAGUGAGUAGAUUGAUGAGUAGGCGGAGAUGGAAUAAUUUGGCGUUAAUAAUUUCAUCUGAUCACGACUAGUUUUGUCGCCACAGUUUUGUGGCGAUUCGAGAAGGGGCCCGAAGCAGAUCGGCCAAUCGGUUGAGAGAUCAUGUCGGCUCCACCUUAUUCUGCGUAUCCUCUUAUCUUAAAUUAAAGCCUAGUGUGUUGUGCAAUUGAUA